AACAACAAUUAUGUAUAACAAGAACUGCCACCACCAAUAACCACAAGUACAACAACAAAAGUACCACAACAACAACAACAACAACCACAAAAAGUUUGUCAUUUUUUGUGUCAUUUGGUUCAUUUAUCUCUUGUGUAUCUCUCCUCUCCAUUAUUAUUGUUUAUUUCCAAUUAAUCUCUCAGCUCAAUGGCGGAGCAGCCAGCAAUGCGAAUGCGAAUGCAAAUGCUGCCGUUGCCGCCACAUCAGCAGCAGCAGCAUCAGCAACAGCAGCAGCAUCAGCCGGCAGCAAGUCUGGCAAUUCCCAACAGCAGCAACAGCAGCAGCAGCAGCAGCAACAACAACAGUUACAGCAGCAGCAACAGCAGCAGCAGCAGCAACAGCAACAACAGCAGCAGCAGCAGCAAUUGCAAGCGUCUGGUUCUAGCGAGGCCGGACCAUCAUCUUCGAUGGUGUACGGUGCGGAAGAUGCAGGUGCGGGUGGCAGCAUUGGUAGUGUUGUUGGUGUUGGUGGUAUUAGUAUUGGUGGUAGUGCCAAGGGAAAGCAAACAAAGCAAGGCGCAGGUGAUCAGCAGCAGCUACAACCGCAGCUACAGUCGUCAGUAGCAGCAGCAGCAGCGGCGGCAGCGGCAAUGCCUCAUCAAUAUCAGUAUCAAUAUCAAUCAUUUGACAAUGCCAGCAGCAGCUGCCAAUAUGCUGAGGCGGCAGCAGCUGGUGGUGGAGGUGAUGGAGGUGCCACAGCGGCGUCCGUUGCUGCAGGUGCGCAUCAACAUCAGCAUCAAUAUCAGCAUCAAGCAUCCGUUAUACAGCAACAGCAGUCAGUGACAUCGUACGAGUCCAUAAAAAAGUCCAAAUCACAAGACAAAUUAGAUGGCACAUUCUCGAGAUCCAGAUCGUCUUCAAUGUCCAGCAUUGAUAUGUCUUCCUCUGAAUCUGUUACCUGUUUAGCUUUUAUUGAGAGUUAUGCAAAACGCAAUGAUAUUUUGACACUCGUUCCUACUUUGUGGAUUGGAACUAGUUUCGGUUCAAUUUUGACAUUGUUCAUCACAAUGCCGGAGCGCGAUGUGCGCAAAUCUCAGCCCGUUUUAAUUACAAUAAAUGGUGGCCCCGUUGUACGACUCAAAGGUUCCAUAACUUCCAUGUCUUUUUUAGACUCAUACGGUUCCCUUAUACCCUAUACAUUUGAGCCCUGGCGUGAUGAGAACAAGGACAAGAAAGAUCGCACACCCACAAAGAGCAGCAGCCGCACCAGCCCCACAUUCACACCAACAACUGCCAAUACAAUAUCAAAUACUUCGGUUGCUGGCGGUGCUGGAAGUGUUCCGGGGGUGGGCGGCGCCAGCGGCAGCGCCAACAUGAGCAGCAGCAGCGCCAGCAGCAGCGGCAUCAGCGGCAGCGUAAGCACCGGCCUGGAAACACUCACCGAUCGACAAUAUAUCGUAAUCGCUAGCGAAAAGCAAACAAAAGUCUUCGAUGUGGCAAAUCAGUGCUGCAUUAAUCGCAUACAAUUAUCGGAAAUGGAUUUUGCAGUCAAGGCAGAAACUAUCACGAUGAAAGAUGGCUCUUGCUUAGCAACCUAUCUUUCGAAUGGCCAUCUAAUGGUACAUAGUCUUCCUAGUCUAAAACUGUUAUUGGAUACUGAUUUCUUACCGCUUAUGGACUUAAGUUUUCAAACAAAAUGUAAACAGGGAAUUGUGGAUCCAAUGCUUUCGAUAUGGGGUCAACAGAUCAUUGUUCAUGAAGAUACAACUCAAAUAUCAAAAAUAUUUUGCUUUAGUCAUAAAGGUCAUGGAUUGUACAUGGCAUCGCCCACCGAAAUUCAAAAAUUCACGAUAUCAUCGGAAUUUUGUCAAUUUAUUUUGGAGAUGAUGGGUGAACUAUAUACGGCACAGGAAAUGCCCGAACAGCCGAAGGAGAGUUUCUUUAAGGGUCUAUUUGGCGGCGGCACCAAGCUUUUGGAUCGCGAAGAGCUGUUUGGUGAACAGAGUGGGAAGGCAAAUCGUUCCGUUGCACGGCACAUACCCGGUCCCACUUUGGAGCAGCUUGGUACACGUGCUUCCACAGCCGCAUCGGAAAUUAGCCGUGCGCAUCAGUUGGCCAUGGAGCGUGGCGAUAAGCUCAAUUUGUUGGAGGAGCGCGCCGAGCGUAUGGCCAAUACAGCUCAAGAUUUCAGCGGCACAGCGCAUCAAUUAAUGCUUAAAUAUAAAGACAAAAAGUGGUAUCAGUUGUAA